GCCGGCGUCUUCAAACCUCGCCGCCAAGUUGGAGGAGCCACCGUAAUAUCGAUGGAGGCGAGGCCGUUGUUGUCGGUGAGAAGGAUGAUGCUCACUCCCGUUAAGGCCUUUGCGAGACCAAGACCGGCGAUGAAGCUCGAGAAAGGGAGAUGGAGGCUAUCUCACGACGCCGGCAAAGGAGCGGGUGAAGGAGAUAGCCUCCGGAGCAGUGAGAAGGUGGCGGCGAAACUGGAUCUGAGAUGAGAGAAAAGUGUUGCUCGGGCGUCGAGUCACGCGUCUUUGCCAAUUCAAUGAUUUUCUUUAUAGAGGGAGGAGAUGUAAUAAUUCUCAUAAUUUGUAAUAAAAUAAUAAAAUCAGUGUUAACAA